AUGGCCCUACAACCGUGCCGCACAAGUCUGCUGCGCAGUCGGCAGGCCGCGCGCGCGUUCCUCCCCUGCGCGCGCUCAUACGCCACUACAGCGGCAGAGACCCCCGAGUCGUUUAAAAUUUCCGAGUCGCCGGCGUCCAAGACGACCUCCUCAUCGUCAUCGCCCCGAUGGAGCCACACGCCCGCGGGCAUGAAGGCGCCGCUGCAGAUGGACUUUGCCAAGAACCCGCGGAACAAGGUAUGGGCGGUCAACAACGACCCUGCGCGGCUGGACCAAAUGUACGAGAGGCUGCUCGGCCAGGGGGGCAGCAAGAUGCUCCCCGACGAGCUCAAGUGGCUGGCGGUCACGCACAAGAGCUUCGACCAAGGGCGCAGAGGCUUCAACGAUCGAUUGGCGCUGGUCGGUCGCAUGGCGCUCGAUGUAGAGGCCGUCAAGGACAUUGUCAGCAAGCCGGCGAACCCCAAGGCGCAGCAGACGGACGAGUUUGACAGACGAGCGUUUGAGCACCCCAAGCUCACGCCCGUGGACAACCUGAACGUCCAGGACGCGCGCGAUGUUGUCGGCAAGGAGCAGCUGGCUGCGCUGGCCAGAUCGGUUGGUCUGGACAACACUGUGCGGUGGAAGCCUCGCUCGGUCGACAAUCUCGAGUCGAGCGGUGUGGAGGUUGUCCUGACUGGUGCCGUCAUGGCCAUUGUCGGCGCCAUCACGCUGCAACACGGCGGUGCCGUGGCAACGCAGGUCAUCCGCGAGCGCAUCCUCGCGAGAAUUAACAAAAACUAA